AACCGCUUCCUCCUGGUUGUGACGUAUUGCCUCUGGCCUCGCGAGUUCCCCACGUGGUUCAAUGGAGGGGAGUAGAGGAAACGUGCAGAAGACUGACCAGAAAGCAGGCAUGAGAAAAGGACGAGAGAAAACAGCGAACAAGAGGGAGAAAGAUGAUAAGGAAGAGGAGCAGGAUCAGCUCAUCAACUUCAACAACAAACCUGCCGAGAAGGAUGAAGAUGAUGAGGACCUAUCUGACAGUGAGGACAGUGUGUACUCAGGACUGGAGGAUUCUGGGAGUGACUCUGAGGAAGGGGAUGACAAGGAUGUGGAGGAAGGAUCAAAUGAUGACGAAGACAAAAAGAGUCCAGACCAGCAGGCGCUUGUAAAGAUGAACAAAAAGAAAGAGGGUGGAGUGAUUGAAGGAAAAGAAGAGAAAAAGGAAGAUGAGUAUGAACAUGACACCUCGGAUGAAGAGGACAUCCGAAACACGGUGGGUAACAUUCCCAUGGAGUGGUACAAAGACUUUCCUCACAUCGGCUACAACCUAGAUGGGAAGAAGAUCUUUAAGCCGAUCAGGAACAAGGAUGAGCUCGAUGACUUCUUGGACAAAAUGGAGAACCCUGACUACUGGAGAACGGUCCACGACAAGCAGACAGGAAGUGACAUUGUGCUGUCAGAUGAGCAGGUGGAGCUGGUGAAUCGUCUCCAGAGAGGACAAUUUGGAGACCUCCGCUUCAAUGAGUACGAGCCAUCAGUGGAUUUCUUCAGUAAUGAUGUAAUGAUUCAUCCAGUCACCAACAGACCUGCAGACAAGCGCAGCUUCAUCCCGUCACUGAUUGAAAAGGAGAAGGUCUCCAAGCUGGUACAUGCUAUUAAGAUGGGUUGGAUCAAACCUCGGCGGGUGGAGGACGACAGCAAAACCCGUUACUACGACCUUUGGGCCAAUGAGGACUCUUCCAUUCUGGCCAGGCACAAGAUGCACUUGCCCGCCCCCAAAAUCCGUCUUCCUGGCCACGAGGAGUCCUACAACCCCCCUCCUGAAUAUUUGUUCACAGACGAAGAGCGGGCUCUGUGGGAGCAGCAGGAUCCAUCCGACCGGAAGUUGCCAUUUGUUCCCAAGAAGUUUUCGAGCCUCCGCCAAGUUCCGGCCUUUCCCCGGUUUAUCCACGAGAGGUUCGAGCGCUGCCUCGACCUUUACUUGUGUCCCCGACAGAGGAAAAUGAGGGUGAACGUGAAUCCAGAAGAUUUAAUUCCCAAGCUUCCCAAACCAAAAGACCUCCAACCAUUUCCAACAACACAGUCACUGGUUUAUAAAGGUCACAGCGGCCUUGUUCGUUCCAUCAGUGUUUCUCCAUCCGGACAGUGGCUGGCUUCAGGUAGCGAUGACGGUUCUGUGAGGUUCUGGGAGGUGUGCACGUCUCGCUGUGUGAAGACGGUCCAGGUGGGCGGAGCUGUGAAGAGCGUGGCAUGGAACCCAAACCCAUCCGUGUGCCUCCUGGCUGUGGCUCUGGAAUCUGUGGUCUUGAUCCUGACUCACUCUCUGGCAGACAAACAGGUCAUAUCAUCCACAGAGCGACUCCUCACUGCUCCUUUGGAGGAGGGACCAUCAGAAGGAUCAGUAACUGUUGUCUGGUCCGACGUUGAGGGGGAAGAGUUAGGUCAAGGGAUCCGACUUAAAAUCCAGCAUCCCAAAGCUGUUCAGCAGGUGACCUGGCACGCUAAAGGAGACUACCUGGCAUCUGUGAUGCCUGACCAUUCCAGCCACCUGCAGGUGUUCAUCCACCAGGUGAGCCGGAGGCGGAGCCAGAACCCCUUCAGGAAAAACAAAGGUCUAGUUCAGUGUGUGUCCUUCCACCCUGUCAGGCCCUACUUUUUUGUGGCAACACAGCGCUCUGUCAGAAUCUAUAAUCUAGUCAAACAGGAAAUGACCAAAAAACUACAAGCCAACUCUAAGUGGAUCUCCAGCAUGGCCGUCCACCCUGGAGGUGAUCACGUGAUCUGCGGGAGCUACGACUGCCGGCUAGCCUGGUUCGACCUCGAUCUGUCGACGAAGCCGUACAAGAUGCUACGACACCAUAAGAAGGCGGUGAGGAGUGUGGCCUAUCACAGAGCUUACCCGCUGUUUGCGUCAGCAUCUGAUGACGGAUCGGUUAUCGUCUGUCACGGGACCGUUUACAAUGACCUGCUGCAGAACCCGUUGAUAGUCCCAGUAAAAGUCCUCAGAGGUCAUGUGAUCACUCAUGACCUCGGUGUUCUGGAUGUGAAGUUUCAUCCCACUCAGCCAUGGAUCUUUUCCUCCGGAGCCGACGCCACCAUCCGACUUUUCACCUAGCAAACUCUACCGAAAACAGCAGCCUGCUCUCUGUGCGUAGUGGUGGACCACCCUCCCCCCCCCCAGGGGGACGAGGUGGCAGACUGUUGUUUUUCACCGAAGUGAAAAUUUUAUUUCCUGUCAUUAUUUUUCUCUUUGUUUUCAAUAAAUUGUAAUGUGCUUACUAUAAGUUCCUCAUUUAUUUUUUUUAAACUAAGACAAAGGACAAGAAAAAAACUGUGACGGUUUGGGUGAUG